AGCGGGCCACAGCCAGUCCGUGAGUGGGUACCCUACACCUUCAAGGCCCGCGUCCUUGAAGACAAACUCGUCCUCGAGGUUGUGAAGUCGUUCGACCGCGCCGUUACACGCGAAGAGAGAUCCACCUUGAAGUUUGGGCGAUUUCGCGACCGAGAUCUAACCGGGGUCACCCUGACGGGAAUCCCACUCCUUCUACCGGAAGUGGCCGAGCGAUCGGUAUCCCCCACCUUCGCGAUCGGUCCCCCUUCCUGAUCAGCGUCAGUAUCGAACGUCAGUUGAGCGGGAGUGAUUGAGGGGUAAAGAGAGUUAGGUGCUCUACACCCUGGCAUCAGUUCGUGGCAAGACAACGGAGUCGAAGACGAGGACAACGACGACGAAGACGAGGAGAGGAAGUUACGUUCCCCGUUGAGGACGUCAGGACGAGCAUGAGGUCCUCGCUGGUGCUGCUCCUGGCAGCAGGUUUCGUCCUUGCCGAGAGCUCGAGCCGAGUUAAACGCCAAGAAGAUAAAAAGGAGGAGAGCUUCGAGAACGAGAUCUGCAAGGACAAAGAUGCGGGCGAGUGGUUUCGACUGGUCGCCGGCGAGGGCGACAACUGUCGCGACGUGAUCCAGUGCACGAGUUCCGGUCUGCAGGCGAUCCGAUGCCCGGCCGGUCUGUACUUCGACAUUGACAAGCAGACCUGCGACUGGAAGGAUUCCGUCAGCAACUGCAAGCUGAAGAACAAAGAGAGAAAGGCCAAACCCUUGCUUUACACCGAGGAACCUCUUUGUCCAGAUGGUUCUCUCGCGUGCGGAGACGGUUCCUGUAUCGAGAGAGGUCUCUUCUGCAACGGGGAGAAGGAUUGCACAGACGGCUCCGACGAGAACGUUUGCGAUAUGGACAAUGAUCCUAACAGAGCUCCGCCUUGCGACCCGACCGUGUGUGUUCUGCCUGACUGCUUCUGUUCGGAAGACGGCACCACGAUACCCGGCGACUUUCCGGGCAAGGACGUUCCCCAAAUGGUGACGAUAACCUUCGACGACGCCAUCAACAACAACAACAUCGGUCUCUACAAGGAGAUCUUCAACGGCAAGCGCAAGAAUCCGAACGGUUGCGAUAUCAAGGCCACAUUCUUCGUGUCGCACAAGUACACCAACUACUCCGCGGUCCAGGAGAUGCACAGGAAAGGCCACGAGAUCGCCGUCCACUCUAUCUCGGCAAGGCAUAAUGACGACGAGCGCUUCUGGUCGGACGCCACCGUCGAUGACUGGGCCAAGGAGAUGGCCGGCAUGAGGAUCAUCGCCGAGAAGUUCGCCAAUCUGACGGACAACAGUGUCGUCGGUGUGAGAGCGCCGUAUCUGCGUGUCGGUGGCAACAAUCAGUUCACUAUGAUGGAGGAGCAAGCCUUCCUCUACGACUCCACUAUAACCGCGGCCUUGAACAACCCGCCGCUGUGGCCGUACACCAUGUACUUCAGAAUGCCGCACCGCUGCCACGGAAACCUUCAGCACUGUCCCACCAGAUCGCACGCCGUGUGGGAGAUGGUAAUGAACGAGCUGGACCGGCGCGAGGAUCCCCAGAAUGACGAGUAUCUGCCCGGGUGUGCCAUGGUGGACUCGUGCAGCAACAUUCUGACGGGCGACCAGUUCUACAACUUCCUCAAUCACAACUUCGACCGCCACUACGAGCAGAAUCGAGCGCCCCUGGGUCUCUACUUCCACGCUGCCUGGCUCAAGAACAAUCCCGAGUUUCUUGACGCCUUCCUCUACUGGAUCGACGAGAUCUUGCAGAACCACAACGACGUUUACUUCGUGACGAUGACUCAGGUGAUUCAGUGGAUUCAGAACCCGCGCACCAUCACUGAGGUCAAGAACUUCGAGCCCUGGCGGGAGAAGUGCACGGUUGACGGACCGCCGGCGUGCUGGGUUCCCCACACUUGCAAGUUGACCUCCAAGGAGGUGCCCGGCGAGACUCUUAACCUGCAGACCUGCGUACGCUGUCCCAACAAUUAUCCUUGGGUGAACGAUCCGACUGGUGACGGCUUCUUCUAAGCUGCCGGGCGCGAAUCUCCUUCUCGUCUAAGUCAAAAAUCCUUUCUUCUUCCUUCUCCUCGUUUCCGUCGAUCCUUAUCUUCCACCAAGAAGUCGGUUGUAGACGCGUAGCGAUUUUUUUGCGCUCCAACAUGACGCGCCAAACAUCGCCGUGCGCGAGUGUCCUCGAGGCCUUCGAGAGCGACAGCAAUUACGAAAACGAGGCGCGCGGAAGAAAAGAGACGAAAAAUCGUUGUCGGUUGGUUGGACUCCGCGACAGUCACUCUAGUUGCCAAUAUUUCGCUUUUUCGUUGUUGAGAAUGUAUCUGUGAUGACUAGUUCUGUUCAUUUAGGACACUGCGGAGUUUGAUGAACUGA